GAUACCCAUCGUUGUGCAAAAUGAGCGUGGUACAAGUUUUUAUCGUCUCCUCGAUAUGUCUGGCUGGCGUUUGUGCGAUGAUGUAUUGGGAAGUUCCCGAUGACGUCAUGAGUCAUGUGACUGCCGAGCUGGACUUGCAAUGGAUAGAAUACAAGAAGGUGCACAACAAGACAUACGAAGGCGUUAAGGAUGAGGUGGUCAGACGGCUGUACUGGGAGGACACUUUGCGGUUCAUUCGCGACCACAACCUCCGCUAUGACAGGGGAGAGGUGUCGUACACAGUCGGAGAGAAUCAGUUCGCUGACAUGAAGACGAUGCCCCGGGGUCUCAUCGUGCCCGAGGAGGGAGUGGAAGUCUACCCGGAUGCUCUGACAGAGCCCGACCCUAACGCCGAUUUGGAAAUCGAUUGGAGACAAAAGGGGGUGGUAACACCCGUCAAAAGCCAGGGCCAGUGCGGCUCGUGUUGGGCGUUCUCCGCCCUCGGAUCCCUGGAGGCGAUUACGAAAAAAAACAAGGGGAGGACAACUGAUCUGUCCGAGCAGAACCUCGUGGACUGCGCGGACCAAAGAUACGGAAACUGGAAAUGUAAAGGGGGCUGGAUGAACAACGCCUUUAACUACAUCCGGGAUGCCAAGGGAGUUGAUAAUGAGCAGUGCUAUCCGUAUUCGGGCUGGGAAAGCAGUUGCAGACACAGGAAAGAUUGCAUCGGGGCGACAAUUAGCGGAUACCAGAAUGUGGGCAAGUCCGAGCAUUCCCAGGCCAGCUCCCUAUCCAGGGUAGGACCAGUCACCGUGGCCGCUGACUGCAACGAUCGGGGCUUCCAGUAUUAUAGAAGCGGCAUUUAUUACAAUCCCCGCUGCAACGGAAACCAUCCGAAUCACGCCAUGGUCUCUGUUGGUUACGGAAGCACCUCUGGAAACUACUGGAUCAUCAAAAACAGUUGGGGAACCACGUGGGGUGACAAGGGAUACAUCUUCAUGACCAAGGACAAGGGAGACACCUGCGGGCUGAGCAAGUUCGCAAGCUACCCGACAGUUUAAACGCUCCAGUCAGCUACAAAACACUAUAAGCUUUACAGUCAGCUAUAGUCGGUUUUUGUCAACGGUUAUUUG